AUGACUUCUAGCGAUGAAAAGGACAAGGAUUUACCGUCUCCAGAAGGAUCGCUUGCUCCAAUGAUAAACAUUAAUUUCGAGAAACGCUCGCAGGAAGAUAAAAAGACGCUACCGGCAGCGCCCCCUCCAAAGUCGAAAAAGGAUUCGGAUGAGCAUGACGCUUCGCCACCGAAGUCUACUGAUUCUAACUCCUCUUCGAAGACACCGCCAUUGCCGUCUCAGAUUAAUCUGACUCUGCCAAGCUCACCAUCACCUAAAGAAUCACCUUCCAAGAAAUCACCACCACCGCCUCCGCCACCGAUACCGUCACCAUCGCCUCCACGGGCAACGCCACCGGCUCGUUCAUCGGCAAAGCAAUCGCCUCAUUCACCACCACCUCCACCCUUACACUUGCAACUUCCCACCUCUUCGCCACCGCCACCGCCGCCUUCAUUGUUGAGUAACAGGGGAAAUCUCUCUCCCGGUCCCCCUGAACAGUCAGCGUCAUCAGCAGAUUCACACGACAGGUCUUCUGUGAAUGUUAGUGUCAUUUUUCCCUCGCUUGCUCAAAGCGUCCCACCGCCACAUACGCAGGUUGGAGGGGGUAUUGAAUCUGGUUCUAAUCAUCCUUCACCUCCCCACUCACAAGGGCUUAACGCUGGCUCAAAUACAAGACCAAAUGUUUCUUCUGACGACUCAGUGCCGUCAACGUCAGGAGGUGAAGGUGGCAGUGGCGGCGACGGUAAUGCCGCAAAAUAUGUGGGUAUUGCAUUCGCUGGAGUCUGUAUCGUUGUCUUCGUUGGUUUAUGUUUUUGGUCGCGAAAAUAA